AUGGCUACUCUACAAUGGGAUUCCGAACUUAUGACCAACUAUGUGUCGGCAGUGGCAGUCCCCGCUGCGAGCCACAUGGUGACCUGCGUAGAUCCGCAUACAUUGCAACCUAUGAUUUUUGCCCUCAGCAACGACGAGAUUCCAAAAUUACAAGUCAUUGGGGUAAACGAGGAGGGCCAACGGGUCAGGACAGACUAUGGUCGUCUGCUCGGCUUGCCUACAGAUGCCUACAUCCAAACCUUUGAUGUCCAGCAAGGCGCCGAUUAUACCAUCCAUCUCGCCUUGACUACAAAGGUCGAUGAGCAGCAUUCUCAAUUGUGGGUGGUGAGACCCUUCCAAUUGAGCAGCCAGCCAUUGCUCACCACUUUGCCACCACAAACCUUUGGCAAAGUUCACAAAAUCAAGAUCGGCCUGCCGACCGGAAAAUCACCCUACCCAGCUGUAUGGGUGAUGCACCAACCGUUGAAUCGUGCGGCAAGUGGCAGCGACUUAGCCCGCGUGGAAGUGAAACUGGACAUGAAUAAGAUCAUUGUGUGGAAGGACUGCACACUGCCGACCAAUGUGAACGAGAUUCUCGAUAUCGCCACUGCCAAUGGUGGAAGCCUAGGUCAAGGGCUGUAUUACCUCUGCAGGCAAUCUGACGCGGUGCUUCUUAUGGUCAAAUUUGUCCGACCCGGGAUGGAACAAGGAGACGCUCCCAGAUGGGCCCAAAAUAACCAGGAUGAACUUGGGUUCCUAGUAGCCUCUUGUGAUAAUAUCGACAAUAGCCGUGCUGCCACCCUCCUUCCUGCGGGCAAGGCAACCAGCUUCUCGGCCGCAAUUUGCAAGCCUGCAGAGAGCUUCUCGACAGUCAAACAGAUUCUCGCGGCCAACGACGAAAGUGGCAACCUUACUCUGCUGGAGCAGAGUCUCGAUACCGGUAUCUGGCGCACCGAGCCAUUUUACGUCGAGGAGGGAGGAACCCUCAUGGCCAUCCCCAGCUACACAGUCAACAUGACCGCGUUAGAUGAUAAGAAACAGCCACUUUGCAACGGUCAGGUUUUUAUCAAGUCAUCAUCCUUGCUGUCCGCCACGUUGAAUGGCCGAUCCGAUACCUUGGAUCCCAAGGGCCGCUGGUAUCCGCUCGACACUGCGGGUGAGCUGGCGCUGAUUAUUCCUACCAAUGGCCUGACUAGUCAGCCGUUGCAGAUUAGCAAAGUCAGGAAUUUCCUCGCUCAAGAGAUCACGCUUCAUUCCGAUAUGAACAUCGAUCCCAGCCAUAAGGUCAUCAAGUCACUAAGCAAGCUCGAUUCUACCGAGAAAUUAGAGGCUGCCACCGACAAAGACGGCAAAUCUAUCUGGGAGGGGGUUGAAAAGCCAUCCAAGGACGAGCUGAUUGCUGCCGCUCAAUGCUUUUCGGCGAUCAGGGAAGCCUGCACGAAACUACCGGCCGAUGGAUCUGUUGUCCAAACAGUGACCUUCUCCGCACUGUCUGUCAAUUCCAUUCAAAUCGCAAGUAACCAUAUUUUCGAGGCUAUCGCUGAUACUUUCAUGGAUGGCUUCAACUACCUGAAAGAGAAGGUUCAUCAAACAAUUGACUGGAUAGUGCGCAAGGCCGGUGAGGUCUGGGAGUUUGUUUGCACGAUCGGAAACUCUGUCAAGAAGUUUGUUCUCGACUGCAUCGAGAAGGUGACCGAAGCAGCGACCUGGGUAUGGGACAAGUUUAAGCUUGGAUGGGAAAAGUUGUGUGAUGUGGUGGGCUUCUUGUUCAGCUGGGACGAUAUCAUCGAAACGAAGCGCACCAUCAAGGGACUGCUCAAUGCAGGUCUUGACUAUGCGGCUAACAAUAUUGAAGGGGUGAAUGUAAAGAUUGAGGAUCUCUUCAGUUCUCUUCAAAAUGAUAUCGCCGGACUGACGGGUAUUGCAUCAAUGGAAGGUCGUAAAGGAAAGCUGAAGCCCUCCAAUGGGAGUGACGAUAAGCAGAUGACCGAAUUCCAGCAAAGCCCAGGGUCCAAGUGGAUUGGGGAACGGAUGAAGAAUGGGAGUGGGAGUAUGCGCUCUCCGGGGAAAAGUAAGUGCCUGAGAUAUCUUUUCUCUUCAAUCGCCCAGUCUGACCCUUUUCAUCUGUUAGCAACAAAUAAUGCCGAAGAAGUGAAACUCUGGGAAGAUCGGAUUCAGCCACUCCUCAUGAACUUCACUAAAGUUGCUGAGGAUCUGGGCAAAGAUCUCGCCGAAUUGUUCACCGGGGAUAACAAUCUCUCAACCGGUGAGCUUCUUGCGAAAGCCGGUGGGGACUUGCUCAUCAAUAUCAUCGACGUGGCCAAGAAGAUUCUGCAAACUCUGGUCACCCUGGUAUCUAAAUUGGUCGUUCUCUUGAAGAACAUUGGAAACCAAACACUCACCUGGGGCUUUGUUGAAGAUCUGUACAAGUGGUUGAACCAGGGCGACAGCCUUACCAUUUUUGAUGCUGUUUCGUUGAUCAUCGCUAUUCCAGCGACAUUCAUUAUCAAAAUCGUGACAGGAAGGAAGCCUCCUACUUUGGGCAAUAUGGACAGCGAACUCUUCGGAAAAUCUGUCAUCGGUGCCCUCCGGGAUUCAGAGGAAGAGGAAGAAAAGCCGAACGACAAUUCCAUGAUCUCAACCGCCAACAAGACCACUGCCCGUGAUGUCACAGUCAUUGUCUUGGGAGCUGGUUGCGGGGCUGCGGUUGUAAGCCUCUUUUUCAAGAACAUCAAGUUCCUCAGGAAAGCAGCCAACAAAGGGAUCUCCGUAGCGGUUGACUCUCUCAGUCCUGGAACCAUCAUGGAGGUAAUCAGCAUUUGUCUUGACGGAUUCAGCAUCAUCAAAGAUCUGAUCAAUGCACCCGAUGAUGAAACCCCCGGUGCCGGGAUGCGGAACGCUGCAACAUAUAUCAAGUGUUUCCGUUUGUUGACCAAUGUAGUCUAUAUGGCUGCUACAAAGGCGGGCGGUCUCGAAAACGAACUUGUCGAUCAGAUCAUGCUAGCCAUUGACCUGCUAACCGCCAUGGUCAACUGUGGCCUAUAUACUGCGGUCUACGUGAAAGAGCUUGACGCGAAGAGCUGGAAGGGAUAUGACGAGGGGUCGACACUGCUUAGUGGUGCGAACACUCUUCUUGAAACCGUGACUGCCAUUGGAUAUUUCACGGCGGCUACGUUCAAGGAAAAGGCUCCACACGCCACACUUGUUGGGUUGGGCUGUAUGCAAAUUGGGGCCGUGGGCGCAAUUGUGACCAAAGGAGUUGAGUUUCGGUUGACUUACAAGAAGAUGAAUGGCGAGUAG